AUGGCUGCUACCCAAAAAAGCAUCUGUGCCAUACCGGCGGACCCCAUCGAGUUCCCUGCCGAUGCCAACACCCUGGACUACGCCCGCUCUGAGGACGCCAAAUGCCCGAUACGGCACAUGCGCGAGCACUUUAUUUUCCCCACCCGUGCGUCGCUGAAGAAGAAGGCUCUUGAUGGACGCCUGCCAGCAUACCCACCUAACCAUGCCAAACCUGGAGAGACAGCCACAGUCCAAAACGGCACCUCCAAGACCGCCGACUCCAACGACGACAAUGUCACACCUGCCGUCUACUUUUGUGGCAACUCGCUCGGCCUGCAGCCCAAGGCCACCAGAGAUUACAUCAAUGCCCAGCUAGAGACCUGGGCGUCCAUCGGCGUCCAUGGUCACUUCACCCCGUGGGAUAACUCGCCGUUGAAAUCCUGGCAGGACAUGGCCGCUGAUUGCGCCGUCCAGUCGGCAACCGUUGUCGGCGCCAGCCCAGACGAAAUUGCCAUCAUGAACACCCUGACUGUCAAUCUUCAUAUGAUGAUGGCCUCGUUCUAUCGUCCCACUGAAAAGCGUCACAAGAUCAUUUCAGAGUGGAAGCCCUUCCCCAGCGAUACUUAUGCCAUCGCCUCCCAGAUCCAAUGGCAUGGUCUUGAUACAGCCACCUCCCUGGUUGAGAUUCACCCAGAUGAGAGUUACUACAUCUCAACCGAAAAGAUCCUCGCCACCAUCGAUGAGCACGCCGACAGCACAGCCCUCCUGCUCCUGCCCGGAAUCCAGUACUGGAGUGGCCAGCUCUUCGACAUACCUCUGAUCACGGCCCACGCCCGCGCCAAGGGCAUCGUCGUCGGGUGGGACCUUGCUCACGCCGUCGGCAAUGUACCUCUGAGCCUGCACGAUUGGGACGUCGACUUUGCCGUCUGGUGCACGUACAAGUACCUCAACGCCGGUCCUGGUGCCAUCGCCGGCGCCUUUGUCCACGAGAGGCAUGGUAAGGUCGACAGCGAUGGCUUUAAGCAGCGGUUGUCCGGCUGGUACGGCAACAACAGGGCUACACGCUUCAACAUGGCCAAGGAGUUUGACCCCACCCCUGGCGCCCAGGGCUGGGUUGUGAGCAACCCCUCGGCCAUCGAUCUCGCCAGCUUGGGUGCCGCCCUAUCCGUGUACAACCUGACCACCCCGGCCGACCUGAGGAAGAAGUCGCUGCGGUUGACGGCUUACGCAGAGCACCUGCUCAACGGCAUUCUCAAGGACGAGUCCGCCUCUUCUGCGGGUGACGGGAAGAAGCCCGCAUUUAGAAUCAUCACUCCUUCGAACAAAAACGAGCGCGGCGCCCAGCUGAGCGUGCUCCUCCGGGAGGGGCUAUUGGACGCCGUCGGUGAAAAGAUGGAGGCCGCCGGUGUUGUGUGCGACAGGCGCAAACCCGACGUGAUGCGCGUGGCCCCGGUACCCAUGUACAAUUCGUACGAGGAUGUGUGGAGGUGCGUUGAUGCGCUUAGGAAGGCCGUCAUGUCAUAA